GCUCUCUUCCAGCUGCUCCUCUCGGGUGCCCCCUCGCCCGGCCCCUGGGCUCCCUGCGCUCCAGAGCGACCGAGUCACCGCCUUCUCAGCAACCUUGACUCUGCCGACACCAUGACAGAUCAGUCGUUUGUGACACUGUCAACAAAUGAUUCCUAUGCCAAAGGAGCCCUGGUGCUCGGCUCCUCCCUGAAACAACACAGAACAACCAAGAGGUUAACUGUACUGAUAACUCCGCAAGUCUCAGAACCUAUGAGGAAAGUUUUAGAGAAGAUUUUCGAUGAAGUCAUCACGGUCGACAUCUUGGACAGCAAGGAUUCAGCUCAUCUAACCUUACUGAAAAGACCUGAACUGGGUGUCACGUUAACCAAACUCCACUGCUGGUCACUAAUUCAGUAUUCAAAAUGUGUGUUCAUGGAUGCAGACACUCUGGUACUGACAAAUAUUGAUGAGCUUUUUGAGAGAGAAGAGCUAUCAGCAGCACCAGACCCAGGGUGGCCAGACUGUUUCAAUUCUGGAGUCUUUGUUUAUCGACCUUCCAUUGAAACAUAUAAUCAGCUGUUGCACAUGGCUUCUGAACAAGGCAGCUUUGAUGGUGGGGACCAGGGUUUGCUGAACACCUUCUUUAGCAGUUGGGCAACAACAGAUAUCAGAAAGCACCUGCCAUUUAUUUAUAACCUAAGCAGCAUUUCUAUAUACUCCUACCUCCCAGCCUUUAAAGCGUUUGGAGCAAAUGCAAAAGUCGUGCAUUUCCUGGGACGAGUCAAACCGUGGAACUAUACCUACGACCCCAGAACGAAAAGCGUCAGGAGCGACGUUCACGACCCCACGGCGGUCAACCCCCAGUUCCUCACCAUGUGGUGGGACAUCUUCACCACCAGCAUUCUGCCUUUGCUCCAGCAGUUUGGAGUUGUUAAAGACACCUUCACAACCCUUAACGCGCUUUCGGGUUUGGCCUAUACUCUGGCUUUCUCUUGUGGCUUCUGUAGAAAGGAGGAAGUCACAGAUGCAAUGUCACAUAUGUCCAUUGGGGACCUCAGCCCUCCACCUCAACCGUUUGUAUCAUCAGAUGAACGCAAAGAGCGGUGGGAGCAAGGCCAGGCUGAUUACAUGGGAGCAGAUUCCUUCGACAAUAUCAAGAGGAAACUGGACACUUAUCUCCAGUAAAAACACCUCCUUUUCCCUGUGCAAACAAACACCGGCUACACAGGACUGGUUCCAGAUAAUUUAGCAUCUAGAAGAGUGUUUAAGUAUGGUCCGUUACAGUUGCUAGUGGCUUUGACUAAAGCUCCUCAUUUGAAGGUUUAUAGUUAUAAAGGUGAAAACUGGACAAAAGUCAAGAAGUAAAAAGCUCAUUUUCUGGUCUAAUAAUUGCAGAGCGACUCCUCACAUGAUCAUUCAGAGAAAAUUUAAGACAUUUUCUAUUUAAUGCCAAUUACCAAUAGAUUUUAUGAGAGGGAAUGAAGCCAUUAAACUAACAGCCUCAGCUCCUCGAGCCUGAAGAGGUGGGCUCUGAUCAGUUCCCCUUUUAUCUUCUUCAUAAAGAUAAAUGGGAAUGGUGCCAAUAUUUGCCUUGAUGUCUUUCUUGUAGUAGAUAUUUCAAGAUCGAUCUGAAACUUUCCUAGUGGUCCCAAUUCUUCAUUUAUGGAAAAGCAAUGUAACACUGUCAAAUUGAGUCACAAAUGUCGUAACUGCUAUCACAAAUGGUGGCAUCCUUUUUAUCUCUAAGAAACUGAAGUUUGUUUUUUUUUUUUUACCAGUUUUCUUUGUACAGUAAGAUAGCAUGCUAGAAGGCAGGUCUAUGUGUUUUGGGGAUGAGAGUGAGUUUUCCGAAUGCUUACCUCCAGUGGCACUAUGUACAAAAAAUAAACACUUAACAGUGAA